UCAAACUCGGAGGUCGCUCUUUCCCUUCUCGUGGAGAAUGCACCUUCUCCUCGCAUAGGUAGGUAAGCUGCAUUUUGUCUGUUCUUCCACUGUUUGCCCUUUUCCAGCUCCAGAGCUGCAUUUUCAAGAUGAUGUGAUGCCUCCGAACCUCGCACGUGGCGUUCAAAAUCAUAUUUUAGAAUGACAACCUUCACAAUGAAGAAUUCUUCUUGUACUUUCAAUGCUUCUGCGAGCUGCUGCAUCAGUCGGAAUCCCCCAUCCCCAGAUGGCGAGCCUUCCCGACCAGCGCCUGCUACUGCGAGGCCUAAGCCUGGCAUUCGAAUGUUGUCAAAAGAUCAUAUCCCGACUUGGAAAACGAUCCAGCCUUCGGAGCUGCGAGCAAUCUUCGAGGAGGAAGCUUCAAACGGAGCAGAGCAGAUGCAGGGCGUUCGUCACAAAGGGACCGCUGUGUUCCGGGAAAUGCUGGCGCUUGAAGAUGACUCGGAAUCAGAUAAGGAUUCUGUCAAGGUCAAACCUAAGAAGAGCUCCAAUACUUUGAUAGCUGUUACUCGAAAGCUCAAGAAACACUUAUCACGGGAGUCUGCACUCAACAAGCGUCAUUCAAGAUCUAGUAUUGGAACGAGUGAGGAAGAAGUCGAACGCAGAGCAGAGCUAAGACGGAUCAGACAGAAGAGAAUUCAGGAAGAACUGAGCCACGAGGGACACUUUGAUGACGAUGCGAAGUCGAUCUCGUCUGAAGCUAUCUUUGUCGCUCCCACACCACCACCUACAGCAAAGAAGAGCCAUUCUCCAUGGACUCCUGGCACAUUCGUUCCACUGCCGCUCUUAACGCCUCCUGCAUUGCCCUUGCCCAGGCUAUCUUUUCCACACCUCUCACCACUUGAAAUGCGCAGCGAUCCAUUCCAUGAAGCAUAUCUUACUGAAGGCUCUACUACAACCUUCACUCCAAGAAGAUGGUCAAAUCCUGAGUCGAGUAUCACAAGAGUCAAUUCAAACACAUCAGGCAGAACCCUUUCCAGAAGGUACAGCUCGCCAUACUUUGCGGAGUGGGAAGUCAAGAACACUGAGUUGCAAAUUUACGUUCCGUCUCGCAAAAGCAGUUGCAUUCCGCCGAUGCCACCACAGCCAACAAUACAACCUACUCGACUACCAAGUAUUGCACUUCCUGCUCGAUCGUCUUGGAGGCUCUCAUUUGCAACAGACAACCGUGGUGACAAUCUUCGCAAACUUAGCCUAGGCCACAUUAUUCCUGUCACACUAGACCCCGCUCAAUUGAGACCCAGUUCUCCUCCUGGUCGAAGCCUCCACAGUCCUGGAUUGAGACUGUCUUCUCAAGUGAUCAUAAGUUCAGAUGAGACGGGUAUUCCAGACUCCCUAGGAUCGCGUUCUGAGACUUACUCUGAACAAGACUUUGGGGGUGUCGAUGGUGGAGGUGAUGGCUCUGCAACCAUACACCUUCAUGAAAUGGGGAUCUCACAAAGACUGGCAUCAAGAGGUCUUCAGAAUUCCACUUCCUCUCCUCAACUACCAAGCAAUGGUUCACGUCAACGUUACACUUCUAACCGUAGUGAGUCGACGCAAAUUCACACGGAACGUUCUCGUUUUAUGCGCAAUACGACUGAUUCAGCACCGUUGAGUGAGCGUAUUCCUCAAUCUUGGGGCCAAGUCGUAAGCUGCGAAGGAUCGUCCGUCUAUCCUUCAGGUGAUAAUAGCCCUCAGGCUUCACGACAAAGCUCCCGCUUUAACCUCUUCUCCCUGCUGUCGGGAAGCAAGAAUAAGAUUGGAGCAGCUGAGUACCAAGAAUUAGUUUCCUUGGAGUCACAUCUUAAUUUGCUUACAACACCUACAGCCAAUCUUUCUUCAACCAGUCUUACAAUCCCUUUGAUGAGAUUUCCUCACCGCUCCAAUGUCGACGAUAGCUCGCUCCUUGCAUCUGAGACGUCGUCUUUUCGUGAACGAGAAGCUGAGCUCAGUGUAGUGCAGACUAGAUUCGCGUCAGUGGAAGCUCGACGAGCGUCGAGUACACCAGUAUCAAGCAAGUUUCGAGAAGAAUUCAGCAGCGAGACAGGAGAAAGUUCAACACCUCAACAUCGCAGAUCUUCAACUGUUUCCAAACUUACAAAACUCGCUAUCAGAACUUAUGAUGGCGCCAAACUGGAGGAACUUUUGGACAUUCCCGUACCGAAAUUCGAUCCUCAUCAAUUGAAAACUCCUACUCCUCAAACAGCCGCUCUUCUGAGUCCUUUUAGUCCUCUUAUGGACGAUGAAGCUGUCAAUGUAUGGGGCAACGUAUUGAAAAAGACAGCAGAUGAGAAAGCCCAUGAGGUUGGAAAUAACUUGCAGCUGCCUAGAAAAAGGAGCAGCAAUGCAUCUAGAAAGAAAAGUACCAUCGAGGACGAAUUGCCGAGAAGCGUCUUUGGUAACUUCACGCAAUUAGGAAAAAGUAAGAAAAAACAAGUUCAAGUCAAUCAUCACAAGAGUGCUGCUGAAGAGUACAAUGAACGAUUCCAGGAACGGAUAGCGGUGAAAGAGUUGGUCAUGGACUCUUGGGAAGAGGAAAUGGCUGCUACUGCUGCAAGAGCACAAGCCAAAAGCAGAAAUAUCGUUCACAAGACUAAACCCGCAGGUCCCGACAAGAGAUAUCCUGCAACAUGGUCACGAUAUCCAAGUCAUACUCGCAGCGAACGAAGUAUUAGUGCUGGGGCUACCCAUAAGGUUGAAGUAAAAGACUUUGCCGUUCUAGGCCACGAGGAGGAUGGAGAAAUAGUCUGGUGCCUCGAGCAUGACGAUGAAGGCCACCAUUCCGUUAUUGAUGACCCUAAUCUGAAAGGGCUCAGACACAAGGUCAAAGAACGAGUUCGACACAAAGCAUAUAAAGUUGACACAUCUCAACGCCAAGCUUACCAUACCAGUGGAAGGAGAGGUAGCUUGACUAUUGCAAACCAGUUGGAGUAUCCGGAAUUGGAAAUUUUGCCAAUUACAUUACUAACAGCUGAGGAGAUGAAUGCACGUCACAAGGAAGAAGAGAUGGUAGCUCAUGAAAAGGCCAAAGACGAAGAGUUGGACGAUCUGAUGAUGAUGUUUGGUAGAGGAGAUGGUACCUCCGAAAUGAGUGGACAGCAUUACCCAUCCCGAGACUGCACAUCAGAAGUGGAAAGAAGCUACUCAAAUGAAGAGCAGCGGGAAAGGGAAAAGCAAGAAAGAUAAUUUCAGAACUUGGAACGGGAGAGACUUCGAUGGACACAAGUCUAAUAACAGGAAGAGGAAGAGUUUUGGUUCAAUGAUUCUGCGAAAGAGUACCGAUGACCAUGUUUCGGAGGUGGAGAAGGUGAAAGUCU